CAUCAAAGCUCUGUGUCGACCUUGAGACUAUCAGCUGUGAAUACUUUACCGCCCCUCCCGAACCACAUGACCUCUGAGGCGAUUAUCUCUGCCGCCAGGCACAAAAAAUUACGUCCGUGUGGAAGCAUUACACAUAUGUUUGUGCAGAACAAUGUUCUGUAUUCGCACUCCUGAGCUGAAGAGGAAAGUUCCUGUGCAUCAGCUUUAAUCUCGACAGAUGAUACGUGUCUCCGUUCCUCUUGGCACUGACGGGAAACAGUCGGGAUCUGCAGCUCGACUGAGGCCGGAGGAGCUUUCUUUUUUCCGCAAUGAGUUUCCUGUGGAGGCGAGUCUUUAAUAAACCGCUGUCUUCCAUCGCAGCGGCUCCUCACCUCAGCCGGUCACUCCACAUUGGCCAGCGAGCUUCCCUCACCAAAGCGUUCUCUUCCCGUGACGUGGAGGCGUUCGCUGAGCUGACAGGUGACACCAACCCCCUCCACCUGGAUCCGGCGUACGCCAGCACCACUUCGUUUGAGACACCUAUCGUGCACGGCGUCCUCAUCAACGGCCUGAUCUCAGCCGUGCUCGGCACCAGGAUGCCGGGUCGAGGCUGCAUCUUCUUGUACCAGGAGAUCCGCUUCCCGGCACCACUCUACGUUGGAGAGGAGGUGCUGGCCGAAGCCGAAGUCCGCAAGAUUAAGAUGUCAUUCGCCUUCAUUGCUGUAACGUGCUCCGUUAAGGAUAAAGUGGUGAUGGAGGGUGAGGUGAUGGUGAUGUUGCCUGAGGAGCAGCAGCAGCAGGAGUGAGAGGAGGAGGUGGUCACCCCUCACUGUCUCCUCAAAAUAGUAUUUUGUACACGAGGGACUUUAUUAUUGUUUGUUGCUCAAAGCAAGAAAAACAUGUUUAUAGGCAGAGCAUCUAAUAUUUGUUUCCAGCUCUGCUUUGUUUAUUGUUUUGAAAUCUUUUGUGUGGAGAUAAAAUAAUAAAUGUGUCUUUGAAUUUUUCAAAC